AUGUCAAUCCGCGACGCAAACGUCGUUAUCAUUGAGGUCAGCAGAACAGUUGUUCGAGCUGGACUGGGCCUUCACGAUCUUUUGAAAACCCCAACCGUCGAAAUUCCUGCCCGAGUGGGUCUACGAAGAAAUGCAUUGGGUGAUAACUCUGAGUCGCAACUGAACGGAGGCUUACACGGCUCUGAUGAACCGUUGGCUUCAACGAGCCGCGCGACUUCGGCGUUUCCACAGAUGGCUUCUCCAACUGCAGCUGUGAAAGACUACCUUGUUGGAUCACAGCUGGACGAAGCUCUGGCGAACGGCCAGGACAUCGUAGUCUCAUGGCCUUUUGCCGAUGGUGGUGUCAACGACUGGACACAAGCAGAAGCUAUAUGGAAAUACGUGCUCUUUAACCAGCUUCAACGGCGCCGUGUGCAGAAUGAAUCUCCUAUCCUCUUCUCCAUUACAGCAGGCGCCUCACGCGACACUUACGAACGUAUCUGCCAGAUUUUCUUCGAGCGAUUCAACGUCGCCGGAUUCGCCAUCCUUGAACGUCCCAUGGCCCAGCUGUACGCGGCGAACAGCCUCAGUGGUGUCGUAGUUGACAUUGGUGACGAGGUCACUGACAUCACCCCCAUUUACGAUGGGUUCAUCUUGCACAACGCGCGAUCCAGCGUGGCUCUUGGCAUCCGUCACUGCCAAAACUACGUCGCCAACCUUCUGCGCGCCAACCAGUUCGUAGUGAACGCACUUUCGCCACCCGAGAAUCCACUUGACCCGAAAACGCUCCAUGAUACGCUCCUCGAGCUAGUCAAGCAACUCUGGAAGGAAGACCAUAUCAAAAUUCCCUCCGACGGCGAGACCGCGCUACCAGAGGACGAAGGUGUAAUGGACAUUGCGGCUGUCGUCGUCGCCGGACGUGAAAAAGCUGUCAUCGAAAGCACACAGAAGAAAAAGAACGCGACAAAGCAGACUGAGGCAGAGCGGAAGCGCGAACGCGACGUUGAGGCGAUGGAUCUAAUCACUGUGCAGUUCCGGGAGCAUUCGCUGACAAUAGGAAAGGAAAGACACCGAUUCUGCGAGCCGCUCUUUGAUCCUAGUCUGUUGCUUGACUUACCUGGCACGGCGGCAUUGAAUCCUGCGUUAGAAAAGCCUCUUGCGUUGCAGGAGGUCGUUGGCCAUGUCGUCAAUCAAACGGAAGUUGACCAACGUCAAUACAUUUGGCAUGGCUUGUUCGUUACCGGAGAUAUUACCAGACAUAUCAAGGGCAUCGGCGUGGCACUACAAUCCCGUCUUGCUUCCUUUAUUAACAACCCCGACCUUUUGACUGAUAUACAACCCCGCUCAAUCCGCGUCCUCUCCGUGCCCGAGUAUUAUGCAGAAUACCAACAGACCGGCAAUGGCUACGCUGCAUUCCUUGGGUCCAGUAUUACUGCCAAAAUUAUUUUCAGCGAGCCAAAUGGAAGGAACUUUGUCUCCAAAGCGGACUACACUCUAAAGGGACCUCAUUCUAUCAUCGAGAUGACCCCUUCCCUACUGUAG